ACGGUGCUGCUCACUUGCAGCAAGCCAGCACCCAACCUGUCAACAAGCUUGGCAAAGCUGGGACUAAAGUCUGUGCUGGUGGGAGGUGGACAUAUAUCACAUUCUGCUCCCCUCAGUUGUUGCAGGUCUUUUUGGUGUAGUCAAACAAGGCUACAGUGUUAUGGCUUUAUCAUGAAGGCCCAGCUACAAGUCACAGUGCUCUCAGCCAAACUGAAGGAAAACAAAAAGAACUGGUUUGGCCCCAGUCCGUAUGUUGAGGUAGCUGUAGAUGGCCAGUCCAAGAAGACUGAGAAGUGCAACAAUACACACAGCCCCAAAUGGAAGCAAGCUCUCACAGUAAUUGUGACCCCCUUCAGCAAGCUGAUCUUCCGUGUUUGGAGCCACCAGACCCUGAAGGCAGAUAUCCUGUUGGGAAUAGCCACGCUAGAGAUCGGCGAGACUCUCAAGGCUAAUGACUUGAAGCUGUGUGAGGUGGUGCAGACGCUCCAGCUCUGCUCUGAUAAGGAUCCCCGGGAUCUGGUUGGCGACCUGUCAGUUUGCCUGGAUGGCCUGCAGGUCGACCCAGAAACCUUCUCCUCUGCAGAGAGAGAACACGCCAUUGUUCCAAAUGGGAAUGCAAGACAGAAUGGAGACUCUAGUAACAGGUCAAGCAGAGACACGUCUCCCUCCAGCGAUUCAGAUGAGUGGGUCAUUGUACCAAAUGGUCAUGCUGUCAAUGGUACAGGGUCUCCUGCGCCAUCUCCAGGGGGCUCCAAGGCCUCACGUCCUCCUAGACCAGCACGCCCCCCACCUCCUACUCCCCGCAGACCAGCUGCCUCACCAACCUCCUCUAGCAGUUCCUCGCCUAGUGAGGUGAGCGAAGGCCCAGCUUCAGAUGGCUCCUCUCAGGCGUCUGCCAGUGGAUGUUCAGAUUCACAGGAGGCCUCAGGUGGAGCAGCAGCAGGACCGUCACAAACAGCUAGUGGCCCCAAACCUGGGGCUUCCACCUCUGCCUCAGCAGCCCCAGGCCCUGUCGCUCCCAGAGUCACUCCUGUGAACAAUGGUCCCUUGCCACCAGGGUGGGAACAAAGGGUGGACCAAAAUGGCCGUGUGUACUUUGUGGAUCACAUUGAGAAAAGGACUACCUGGGACAGGCCUGAGGCUCUGCCUGCUGGGUGGGAGCGCAGGGUGGACCCCAUGGGCAGGGUGUACUAUGUGGACCACAUCACUCGCACCACCACGUGGCAACGGCCCACACAGGAGUCAGUGCGCAACUAUGAGGAGUGGCAGCACCAGCGUAGCCAGCUACAGGGAGCCAUGCAGCAGUUUAACCAGAGGUUCAUUUAUGGGCUCCAAGACCAGUUUGCACCCACUACAAAUAAAGAGUUUGACCCACUGGGACCAUUGCCACAUGGCUGGGAGAAAAGAACAGACACCAAUGGCAGAGUGUAUUUCGUUCACCACACGACUCGGACAACACAGUGGGAGGACCCAAGGACACAAGGGCUGUUGAAUGACAAGCCCCUGCCAGAGGGUUGGGAGAUGAGGUUCACAGUGGAUGGUAUUCCCUACUUUGUCGACCACAUUAGGAGAACCACAACCUACAUUGACCCUCGCACAGGGAAAUCCUCACUUGAGAAUGGGCCCCAGAUCACCUAUGUCAGGGACUUCAAAGCCAAAGUGCAGUACUUCAGGUUCUGGUGUCAGCAACUGUCAAUGCCUCAGCACAUUAAGAUUACAGUCACCCGCAAAACCUUGUUUGAGGAUUCAUUCCAACAGAUCAUGAGCUUCCACCCACAAGAUCUGAGACGGAGACUGUGGAUUAUUUUCCCAGGAGAGGAAGGCUUGGACUAUGGAGGUGUGGCCAGGGAAUGGUUCUUCUUACUUUCUCAUGAGGUGCUAAACCCCAUGUACUGUCUGUUUGAGUAUGCUGGCAAGGACAACUACUGUCUACAGAUCAACCCUGCCUCCUACAUUAACCCCGAUCACCUGAAAUACUUCAAGUUCAUAGGACGCUUCAUUGCCAUGGCCUUGUUCCAUGGCAAAUUCAUCGACACAGGUUUCUCUCUGCCCUUCUACAAACGUAUCCUGAACAAACCCCUGGCUCUCAAAGAUCUGGAGUCCAUCGAUCCAGAGUUCUACAACUCCCUCAUCUGGAUCAAGGAUAAUAACAUAGAGGAGUGUGGUCUGGAGAUGUUCUUCUCAGUAGACAAGGAGAUCCUGGGGGAGGUUACCACCCACGAGCUGAAGCCAGAUGGAGGGAAUAUCCAAGUAACUGAGGAAAAUAAAGAGGAAUACAUCAGGUUAGUGGCAGAGUGGAGACUGUCCAGAGGCGUGGAGGAACAGACUCAGGCAUUCUUUGAGGGCUUCAACGAAGUUCUGCCCCAGCAGUACCUUCAGUACUUUGAUGCCAAGGAAUUAGAGGUGAUGUUGUGUGGCAUGCAGGAGAUAGACUUAGUAGACUGGCAGAGGAACACCAUCUACAGACAUUACGCCCGCAGCAGCAAGCAGAUCCUGUGGUUCUGGCAGUUUGUGAAGGAGAUGGACAACGAGAAGAGGAUGAGACUGCUGCAGUUUGUCACAGGAACCUGUCGGCUUCCAAUGGGUGGCUUUGCCGACCUCAUGGGGAGCAAUGGUCCCCAAAAGUUCUGCAUUGAGAAAGUGGGCAAAGAGAAUUGGCUUCCAAGAAGUCACACAUGCUUUAAUCGUCUGGACCUCCCUCCUUACAAGAGCUACGAGCAGCUGAAGGAGAAGCUGAUGUUUGCCAUCGAGGAGACGGAGGGCUUUGGGCAGGAGUAACACAGCACUCUGUCAUUUAGGUUUCAGCCAACAGCACUCCUUCAAAACAUUCUCCUAGAACUGAUGCUAAACUGGUGGAUAGACACACAAGUCUUUAUGCUCCGUCACAUUCUCACAGCCACAAGAGAUCCAUGUCACUUCCUCCUUCUGAAUCACCUUUCACCCAUAUGAUCAGUCCCACUCUAAUCCAGCUUGCCUUACUUAGCUCCUGCUCAGCCCACAAAGAGGCGAUGGAGACGAAAAGGAUGUGUGUCGCACCUAAUCAUGUGUGCACUGUACAUUGUUAGCGUGAUGUUUUCUACACGUUGUCCCGUGUUUCUGUGCAGUAGUUCUUCACUAAUGUCGGCAGAGCUGCCUUGUCUGACCUAUGCACUCAAAAAGUUUCAAAAAGAAAGACCAUACUUGUGCGUUUUGACUGGUGAUACAAGAAAUCUUCACACCUAAAAGCAUCAUAAAAAGCACAUCUAUGGUUUUUGGUGUGUCAGACUCAACGUAGAUUUUUUUAACCUUCUGCUGAAAGAAUGGAUGGAUGAAUGAAUUCGAGUCUGGUAGCACAUACACAGUUUCGAUUAAUUUUGAUAAAUAUAAUACUGAUUGCAGUGAUAAAUUCACUUUUUUGACAUGUUGGUUUUCUUUUAUAAUGAGUUGAAAUCUUUAACUAGUUUGCACAUGAUCAUAUGAGCAGUGAGACAGUGGUGAUUGUUAUUAAGAGAGGCUAUAUUUUUAUCUGCAGUAGUUUUCUAGAAAAAAAUGUUUCUGCCCAUAAUACACCCAAGCAAAUGUUUGUUUUAUCAUUCUUUUGAUGUGGAUUUAGUAACUGUCAACAUUUAUUUUUAAUUUAAUUGAUAAUUCCAUUUAUUUUCAGCCUCCACUGUGUUUUUGGGAGUUUUUGCCAUCAUGACAGACAGUUGUGUUCAAAAUAAGCCCAUUCACUGUAGAGCCUUUCAUACCUCCAGGGAGCACUGCUGUUCAGCACACACAGGGCCAGCGUGUUAUCUCCAACAGCUGAAUACAAAAGUAAUUACAACACCUUGCUCAGCUCAGUAACACUCACACCGCAGUUACUUUUAUCUAUUGGAACAUAAUUACAUAAUUACUUUGUUGGUCUUGUGCUGUGUUCAAGUGGUAGAAGAUUAGGCUGCUGCAGUUUGAAAGCAUCCUUUAAGUUUUACUGGUAGUGGAAUGCCCAUGUCCAAAAUUCUUUGUAUUUAAAUACUUAGAAUCAACAAUAACCAAACUACAGCAGAUAUUUCCCACAUUUUUUGAGUGUAGUCGGUUGUACUAGUAUGAAUAUAACAGGUAAUUGAGAUUUUUCAUACCUUUGAUUGGCAACUUCAGUGGAUUUGCUACUAUAUGUGCCACUAUGUUGGCAUAGUGUUACAGUUUGUGAUGGGGGAUGGCAGAUGUCACAUUUCUUUUACUACAUACUUGUUUUUCCCUAAUCAGGGUUAUGGGGUGCUGGAGCCUAUCCCAGUAUGCAUUGGAUCAACCCACUGGUUAUUGCUAGUGGGCUGAUUUGGCUGGAUUUUCACAGUCAACAACUUAAAUUCAUAUUUGGAGAACAUGAGCACAGCAUCAACAGUCUUCUUGCAAAUUAGCUCAUGCUAGUUAAAAUAGCAUAUCUAAAACCACAAUGUAUAUAAGUUUCAGGUAUUUGGAUAAUAGUUUUCAUCAUUUUUGGAUUCAGCUGUUGGACAUCAACCAGCUUGAUGUGUGUGUUGGAGUGCAGUGCUGCUUGUGACCUGGAGUUAUAAAAGCUCCACUGGUAAGUAAGUGAUGGAAAUUUUUAACACAACUGUGAUGAUGAAAAAUUAGGAAAAUUCAGUUCAGGUUGAAAAUAAGAGGAAUUAACCACUGAAAUCCCCAAUAUGAAUAUUUGCAUAAUGACAAAUAUAUUUAGUGAAAUAAUUUGUUGUGAUUUGAUUUGACCUUAACUUCCCAAAGUGGAUCAUGACCACCUCUAUCAAUAAUGACACAUCGAAGAUUUCCACAGUCUAUGACAAGCGAGACAUGUUACUGAUGAAGUGGGAGCAUUGGGAUGAACUGUGUGAUAGAAAAUAAUAAUUCACUAGAUGAAUAAUUAGACCCACCGAUUCCCACUGAAUGGUAGCAACAUCUGGUAGAUGUAAAGAGAUAAUAUCAUCCAAGAUUGAUGACUCAAAGGUAUCUUAAGUGUUUUAUGUGUUAAAUAACAAAUGCAGUUUAUGUAAAUAUUAUACUUACCAAGUAGAAAAAGGUGGAAAUGAUCUUGAACAUGAACAUGUAAUUCACCCAAGCCCAGGACCACUCUGGGGAGUAGGCUUAAGAUUUGAUUGAAAUAAUGGUGAAGUGGCCCUAGUUUUAUAGGGUAUUUACCAUUAACGUUUGUACAGUGUAUUUCAUGUCUUUUCCCAAAGUGCUAAAUUGAACAAAAUGACCAGUCCAUAAAACACUGUCUCUAAUUCAUAUUGGAAACUUUAGGACAAAGUCCUAAACAUUAGGAAAUCACCAUGGAGUUGGCAGUUGUUCCUUCUUUCUUUAUUUUACUCACUAAAGCCGCAAUGAAGAAGUCAGCUUUACAGUCUUAACCUUGCUGUCCUACGUCAUCUCACUUGGUUUCUAAAAUGUUCCUUUAACCGGCCUGUCAGUAAUAUUAAUUUGUAGACUUGCAUAUGAAAAAUGUUAUGACUAAAUAUGAAAGCGUACAUUGUGAAGUAGUACUGUUGAAUGAUUUGUCGCUGUCUGAACACCAAGUGUACAAUUUCAUUGUGUGUCCCUGAUCUUUGAAAAGUCAUAAUUACAAUUUCAGCUUCAGGUUUCCUGUAAAAUUGCGAAGGAUCCUGUUAACAAAUUUCAGUUAUUGAUUAGCCCAUGUAUGUUCAAUGUGGCUGUACUUGAUAUCUGAUCUGUAUUGGCUCUAGUAGGUCAAUGACAUGUCAUCCACUCUACAGAGUAUAAGGUUGACCUGUAUUGAUUAUUGAUUAUUGAUUAUUUAGAUCACAGAUCUGGAUCCAGUUCUGCUGUAUCUCAAACUAAAAAAGCUUUCAGGCUUAUUGACCCUCAGUCUGUGACUAGACUGGCUCACUGGACACUUUGAUGCCGUCAAAAGAUGGACCUCAUCUCACUCAUUCACGUUUUUCCCAACAACACUAGUGGUAAUUUCUCCCCCACUAGUAAUUCACCACAAGACAUUUACUUCUGUCUCUCUCUUCAGUGUUUAAGCUACAGGUGUGGAGGCUUGUGACGCGAUUGUUAUGAGAAGAAAAGAAAAAGUAAAGAUUUGUGAUUAAAAUUCUGACUGUUGCAUAUUUAACAGAUUAUAAAUCAUACAGUCUAAUCAAUAUUGGUAUUGACUUAUUUUGGGGGAAUUAAAUGUAUAGAAAUAUGCAAUAUAAUACUUGUAGUUCUACUGAUUGAAUUGUGAAUCAAGAAUCACUUUCUCCUUUGUUGAGGCGUUUACUUUUUGAUAAAUAGAAGAUAAUAGUUGAUUACUAUUUAUUUGUGGUCACUGCAAUGUUAACAGGAUGGGUUUCAUGUGAAAAUGGAACUGAUUGAGAAAAUACAGUAAUAAAACAACGGGCUUCUGGACACUU